CGACAAUACAUCUACUAACCAAUCCCCCAUUCAAUCCUUCGUAUAAAAGUAUCUCUUCCACAUCUCCAUUCGUUAGCCACCUUAUUUUAUCCUUCCCUACACCUUAUUCUCUCAAAAAAGAGCCUUCUUUUCUUCUGAACGUCCAAUACAGGCGUUCCUGUCCUUUUCUUCGAGUCCCGAAAUUCCCCUUUUCAUCAUCUUCAAUCUCGUCGAACUUUAACGAUCUACUUUCCUUUACACAUACAUAAUAAAUCAUGGCCAAUAGCUUUGAAAAAGAGGCGCACAGAGCCCUUGCUAUCAGUGGCCCUGAUAUGCAUAGCCAGCAGCAAGAUCAAUCACUUUUGGAUCGACAACAGAGCAACAAUGAACCAGCUAGCGUGGAAAACAGCGUCAUGGAAGAGUACUCUGAAAAACCACCACCACCGCCGCCGCGUCGGUUCUACAAGCAAAAGAAAUACUGGAUCAUUUGCUCCAUCAUUACAGUGAUCAUUGUAGUCGUGGUCGUUCUAUUGAUCAUCUACGUCUUCUUCCCCAUGAUCGCUCAAGCUUUGAUGAACCAGUCCGGCAUAGGCGUCGACAGUUCUGACAUUACCUUCAACCCACCAGACAACCUCAACAAGCGUGAUGGCGAACAGCUCAACAUGAACAGCUCUUUUUACAUGUCCAUGACCAGCUCCAUGAGCAAUACCGGUCCUUUUGCAGCAGACUUGAAAUUCCACAAUCCUAUCAACGUCUACUACAACGACACUCUGUUGGGUAACAUUACUCUGCCCGACAGCAACAUCGCCGGUGGCAAGGGUACCCUUCAGGCUGACACUCCAUUCUUGAUCCAAAACACAACCUUCUUUGCCGCAUUUGCUCGAGAAAUGUUGGCCAAUGAUGAAUUCAAGUGGAAGCUCAAAGGCAAGCUUGAUAUCACUGCAUUGACGAGAACUGCAACCGUACAACUUGACAAAGAAGUCACCAUCCCUGGUAUGGGCGGAUUCCCCGAAGUCAGUAUCCAGUCGUUUGAAUUGCCUGGCGAUGAUCCAAAUGGCGGUAUUCUAGUUGAAUUGGGCACCAUCCUGAACAGCCCGUCACCUGUCGGCGUACAGCUCGGUACCAUCAAGAUGGCUAUUGGCUACGACGGCGUCGAUCUUGGCGAAGUCACUGCGGAAGGCAUCAAUUUGGCCAAGGGCAACAACAGCAUUUUGCUCAAGGGCACCUUGCAGCCCCAAAGCGAUCCCGCCAACUUGGAGAAGGUUGGCAAACUGUUCUCCAACUACGUUUCCGGUAAAAUGUCGCAGACCACGGCCGUCGGUGUUUCGGCCGCUCCUGAUGGUACCAACUCGAUCGGCUGGCUCUCUGAAGGUUUCCAGUCUGUUCGCUUGAACGUUGGUCUUGGUGUCGACAAACCUUUGGACAUUAUCAAGUCAGUCAGCAUGGGCUACCUCGAUCUGGCAUUCAGCGCCGACCAGCCCUAUGCCCCCGUCUUGUCUGCUCCUGAGAUCAAUGCCGGUUUCCAGAUUCCAUUCGGUUUCUCCUUGGAUAUCACUGAUGUUAAGCAAGAUUUGCAGAUGGCCAACAACGAGACUGGCAGUUUUGCUACCAUCUCGGCUCCUUUCGUGCCUGCUCAAAGCAACCAAGAAUCCGGAGAGCUCAAGUUUGCUAUGAACAAUGAUACCAUCCAAGCAAUCGGUGGUCAGGAACCUGCUUUCAAUGAUUACACCUAUGCUUUGACUGCUCAAGAAUCGUACACGUUCCAGAUCAAGGGUGAAGCCACGACCAAGACGGUGACACCCAUCGGUAACAUUACCUUGGGAGGCAUCACGCUCGAUGUUCCUACUAGCUUGAAGGGUUUGCAGUUCCUCAACAGCACCCCUACCAUCAUCAACAGCUUGGACGUCACUGGUGGCGAGACUGAUCACAUGAACUUGGCCAUCAACCUGUCCAUGAGCAAUCCAUCUGAUUUUAGCAUUUACACUGGUGAUGUCUCAUUCGACAUGAAGGCUGAUAACACCAAAAUUGGUACUGUCACCCUGAGUCAGCUCAAGUUGAACCGUGGCGACAACGCUAUCGUUGCGACUGCCGCCUUUGAUCCCAAGAGCUCCACCGUUGGCCAGAACCUCUUGUCCACUUUUGUCAUGGGGAGUGACAACAAUGUUAAUGUCGCCGGUAAUGAGAACUCGACUCCCAUCAAAUCCUUGAUUGGUGGUUUAUCCGUCAUUUCGAUCGACUCGACUCUGCCCGGUUUGAAGGACCCACUCAUCCAAGGUUCCAAGUUGACCGUGUUGAAUGACACGCUUGACACUGGCAUUGUCAAUGUCCAAGUCUCCAUUGCCAACCCCUUCACGGCUGGUUUGUCCAUCACGUCCGUCAAGUCUGCUGUGACGUACUCCGGUAUGCCUGUCGGUAACAUCAACCAAGACGUGUCUGGUAACCCCAUCAACAUCCCUGGCCACUCCACUGUCCAGUCGACUCCUUUGGACAUGACCAUGAACUUGGAGCCCGGAGCGGUUGCCCUGUUAUUGCGUGAUCUCGCUGUCAAGAAGAACCUCGAUACCCGUCCCUUGGAUGCUCUUUUGACCAUGGGCGGUUUCUCGAUUCAGGGUCAAGAAGAGAUUUCUGCUGAUCCUUCCUUGUUCGAUGGCUUUGACAUUUCCAAGUUUGUCAUGGAAGCAAUGUCAGUCUUGGCUGUUGACUUGCAGCUUGAGUCUGGCUUGACCAUUGGCCAGUAUGUCAACACUCUUCAGUUUGCCCAAAGCAAUGUCGCGACCGCAACGGAUGAAACCGUAACCAAGUUGAUUCCUGUCGUUGGCCAGCCUAUUGUCCAACAGAUUGUCGACGGUUCCGAUUUGGCUUUUGAGACCAUCACCCUCUCCGAGCCCACCAAUUCCGGUUUCAAAGUCCAGAUGGUCGGUUCUAUCAGCAACACUGGCCCCAUGGCUGCUUCCAUCAGCUUCGCCCAGCCUUUGACCAUCUCCUGGGAAGGCCGCGAGCUAGGCAAGGUUUCCAUGGAUACUAUCAAUACCCAGCCCAAUGUCGGCGCCACGUUCAACGUCAGUGGUGAAUUCUCCAUUGCAGACGCCAACUACAUGGGCGACUUUGCCGAGUUCAUGAUCAACAAUGAUGAAUUUGUCUGGGACAUUAACAGCAUCGAAGGUGUUAACGUCGAUGCUAUUGGCUACCUGUUUACCAACAUCAACAUGACCAAGCAAGUGACGCUCGGCGGUGCCAAGGGCUUCAAGGACUGUGUCACCAUCCACUCGUUCGACUUGCCUGCCAACGAUCCUGCUGGUGGUAUUUCGCUUACUUUGGACGUCACCAUCCAGAACCCCAGUCAGGUCGGAUUCUUGCUCGCCGGUGCUGGUUUCGAAUCAUUCUUCAAGGAUAUUCAGAUUGGCGUCUUGGCCUCUGACGGUGCUGCCAGCUUCCCUCCCAAGGGCUCGAGCGACAUGACUAUGAAGGGCCGUUUGAUCAAACAAGAUUCUCAAGAAGGCAUCGACGCCAUCACCGAGGUGUUCGCCAACUUCUUGUCUGCUCAAAACUCGACUUUGACCGUCAAGGGUACCUCUGGUUCCGGUCCUCAAGGCCAGGUCAGCUGGCUGACUAAGGGCUUCCAGAGCUUGAGCAUCGAGAACGUCACCUUGCCUGGUCCUGAAGUUGCUCCCGAAUUGAUUCCUUCUAUCACUCUCAAAGACAUGGAGCUCGAUUUCACUGCUGCUGACUAUGCUCCGAUCAUGGGCUCAAACUUGGUCAACGCUCAGCUCAAGAAUCCAUUCGGUUUCCCUCUUGGUGUCAGCUCGCUUAACAUGGACGUUGAGGCUUCGUACCAGAACAACCGUGCUGCUCAUAUGGAUGUGCCCGAUGUCCCGUCCACCACUGAUGCCAAUGGUAUGAUUACCACCGCUUUCUCCGGCGUGCCUUUCGAAGUCUACGAUGAUGCCCACAAGGUCUUCAAUGCGUUCACCAAGGCUCUUACUGAAAGCUCCAAUGUUACUUUUGGUAUGUCUGGUAUGGCCAACUCGAUUGCUGAAACCGCUGUCGGUCAGCUCAAGCUUACCAACAUUUCCUACGAUGUUUCGAGUAGCUUGUCUGGUUUCAACAACUUUGAUGGCAAAACCACCAUUCUCAAGCAAGCCGUCACUGGCGGUACUCCUGAGUACAUUGAAAUCACGUUGACCGUUGCCUUCAACAACCCCUCGAACAUCACUAUCACUAUUGGCGCUAUUCAGUUCGAGUCCAUCAUGAACGAGCAUCAGACCAGCGUCGGUACCGUCAAAUUGCAAGACGUUGUAAUCAAACCUGGAAACAACACCUUUGACUGUAUCAUGGAAAUGAAGAGUUCCAAGAAGGAAUACGUUGACCAGAUGGUCUCGAUUUACAUGACGAACUCUCUAGCACCGUUGACUAUCUCAGGCACCCAAGACUCAACCAAGAUUGCUUCGAUCCAGGAUGCUCUUUCGACCGUCCGUCUUGGUACUGCCAUGCAAGGUAUUGUCAGUAACCUUGUUGAGCGUGCUGAUGUCGAAGCCAAGGCCGCUGUUGUGCUUACCAAGAAGGCCAAGACCUGGGUCACUUUGAACAAUCCCUUGAAUACUCCUUACACCAUCCAGAAGGUCUCGGUUGAAAUCGAGAACGAGAACGACGGCAAACCAUAUGCUAUGGGUACCAUUGAUUACGAGUUGCCCAACCCAAUUACCGUCAACCCUGGUGAACAAAAGCGCUCGGACGAAUGGCCUGUUGAUGUUGAUGCUAACGCUCUUCAGCUGCUUGGAUUGAUUGGCAAUGGUGAGAUCUCCAUCAGCUUGCGCCAGAACGUCACUGUCCAGGUCGGCGAUACUGAUGGUGGUUAUGCUUCCUACUUUUACUACUAUCAAAACAACGUGCCUUGCGGUUUGGAUAUCAAAUUGUUGGGUAUUUCUUUGCCCGACGAUGAGGACUUCAAGAAGGAUGACAACUCUACUUCGUCCUCGGUCGAACAAGCUGCUUCUAGCGCUGCUCCUGCUGCUUAAAAAAAAACUACUACCAUCGUUACUUUAUAACUUGUACUAUUUAAAAAAAAACCUGUUGUAAUACUUUUACUAUUUUCCUUUUUACCUUAUCUUUUGUAAUGACGAAGUCGUUUCUCCACUCUUCCUUCUAUUCAUUCCUUUUCCAUUUUUUGGCUUCUCUUCUACACCUCUCUCCUUCUUAACCUUUAACUCUUUACUUCCGUAUACCAUAAUCUAUGUUACACAUAUGCUGAUAUAGAUGUUACGUUUGUCG